CUCUGCCGCGGAGGGCGGCCUCCUUCCCUGCGAGGCCCAGCCAUGGCGGCCGGGGGCAGCAGCAGCGUCGUCGGGGCGGCGCUGGGUCCCUCGGGCGCCGGGGAAGCGGAGCGUCCUCGCCCGCGGCCCUUCCUCAUCGGGGUGAGCGGAGGCACCGCCAGCGGCAAGUCAACCGUAUGCGAGAAGAUCAUGGAGCUCCUCGGCCAGAACGAAGUGGACCAUCGCCAGCGAAAAGUGGUCAUCCUCAGCCAGGACCGGUUCUACAAAGUGCUCACAGCGGAGCAGAAGGCCAAAGCCCUGAAAGGACAGUACAACUUUGACCAUCCAGAUGCUUUUGACAACGAGCUGAUGCAAACAACCUUGAAGAAUAUUGUGGAUGGCCAAACGGUAGAAGUUCCAACCUACGAUUUUGUGACCCAUUCCAGGCUGCCUGAGACAACUGUGGUCUAUCCUGCAGAUGUGGUCCUUUUUGAAGGCAUUUUAGUGUUCUACAAUCAAGAUAUCCGGGAUAUGUUUCACCUCCGUCUCUUCGUUGAUACAGACUCAGAUGUCAGGCUCUCCCGGAGAGUUCUCCGAGAUAUGAAGAGGGGAAGGGACCUGGAGCAGAUUUUAACUCAGUAUACAACUUUCGUCAAGCCUGCGUUUGAAGAGUUCUGUUUACCGACCAAGAAAUAUGCGGAUGUGAUUAUCCCCCGGGGAGUAGACAAUAUGGUUGCGAUAAACCUCAUUGUGCAGCACAUCCAGGACAUUCUCAGCGGUGACCUCUGCAAAUGGCAGCGGGGAGCCAUGAAUGGCCACGGACGCUCCUCCAAGAGACCGUUCCCAGAACAAGCCGACAGCAGCCCACUCCUGGCCCCUGGCAAGCGGUCCCAUCUUGAGUCCAGCAGCCGCCCCCACUGACCUGGCCAGAGGCUUGGCCUGCUGCCUCUAGGCCGGAUGGACUUUCAGAUGGACUCCAGUACUCUGGCAGCCCCCCUUGUGUGGCAGGGGCUUGGCUGAGGGAUGGUCUUUCUGUGAAGGCCUUGGACUGUUGUACUUCAGUAACUGAUUUUAGUACCGCCUUGUGUUCACGUCCCUCUUAUUUCAAGGAGGCCAGUACCUAAAUAAGCAUAAACUGCCCUUUGGGGAAGGAAAGUC